AUGGAAGAAAAUUUGUCCUCUAGCCUUCCUGUAGUGCAGCCGCCACCAAAUUAUGGGAACUUGAUCACCGUUCUCAGCAUUGACGGCGGUGGAAUUAGGGGUAUCAUCCCCGCAACUAUUCUUUCUUUCUUCGAAUCUCAACUUCAGGAGCUGGAUGGGGAAGAGGCGAGACUCGCAGAUUACUUUGACGUGAUCGCCGGAACAAGUACCGGCGGUCUAAUAGCGGCCAUGUUAGCUGCUCCGGACGAAAAUAAACGUCCCUGCAUUGCCGCUAAGGAUAUCACGCCCUUUUAUCUGGAGCACGCCUCAAAAAUUUUCCAGCAAACAAGCGGGUUUUUGAAGUCAGUGAGAAGUUUUCUGGGAAAUUUAGCGGGACCCAAGUACGAUGAAAAAUACCUUCAUGGGCUGAUGAGGGACAAGCUAGGGGAAACUCGCUUGCAUGACACCGUAACCAAUCUUGUCAUACCAACAUUCGAUAUUAAGCGUUUGCAGCCAACCGUUUUCUCAUCCUAUGAGGUAAGAAGUUCACCAGACUUGGAUGUUAAACUCUCUGACAUUUGCAUUGGUACUUCGGCAGCUCCAACUUACCUUCCUGCCUACUACUUCACCAACCAAGAUGCUAAUGGAAAUGUUCGCGAAUUUGAUCUUGUCGACGGUGGCGUUGCUGCUAACAAUCCGACAUUAAUUGCCAUAAGCGAAGUGACAAAACAGAUCUACAAGCAAAAUCGAGACUUUUCCCCGCUCAAGCCAAUGGACUACAGUCGGUUCUUGGUGAUUUCGAUAGGAACUGGGUCGGCAAAAAUAGAGCAAAAAUACACAGCAAGCAUGGCAGCCGAAUGGGGCAUAAUAAAAUGGCUAUUUAAUAAUGGUGACGUCCCUAUAGUCGAUGUCUACAGUCAAGCUAGUUCUGACAUGGUCGAUUUACAUAUGUCCGUCAUAUUCCAAGCCCUCCAUUCUCAGGAUCGUUAUCUUCGUAUUCAAGAUGAUGAAUUGGCGGGGGAAGAAUCAUUGGUUGAUAUAGCUACAAAGGAGAACUUGGACAAACUUGUGCAGAUUGGGGAGCAGCUACUGAAGAAACCGUUGGCUAGAGUGAAUUUGGAGACCGGUUUGUCGGAGCCACUUGAAAAUGGUGUUACUAAUAAGGAUGCUCUCAAAAGGUUUGCAAAACUACUCUCGUCGGAGAAAAGGCUUAGAGAAGCAAAACUAUCUGCGAAAAAGAAUUGA